CAGAUCGAAUCUGUCGCUUCGGCAACCCUUCUUCGAACGAGUUUGAUAUAAACUUACAGUUUUACAAACUUUUAAUAGGACGCACGCGCGAGUCAACCAUGCACUUUUGACAACCACCCGCCGAGACUCGCGAGACGAAGCACUUUCGGGAAAAACGCUGUCAGUCUGAGCUGUAAAACAAAAUGGAUAAUGUUUGAGAGCGGUGCUUUCGAGUGAAAAAAGUUGAAAUUAUUGUGCAAAAACCGUGUUAUUUCUAGUGGGAAAGUAUUCUAAACUGUUUAGCUGUUUUUGGAAAAUAGGUUUUCACCGAAACUUCCAGCUGAAUCGUGUGAAUUGAGAUUUACUGUCUCGCAGGAGAGUGAUGUCUUGGCCAAACAGUUGGCAAGUGCAACCAGGUUAUGCGGGAUACGCUACGGCAGCUGCGCCUCCAUCGGUGGCUCCGGUUGCGUCUGCUGCGGCCGCUGCGCUUCCUGGUGGUUACUCGGCCAUGACUCCGGAACAAUACGCCCAAUGGCAACAGUGGCAACAGUACCAGCAGCAAUACGCCCAAUGGCAUGCCCAAUACGGGGAGCAGUAUGCCCGUCAAAUGGGCAAACCGUUGCCGGCAGUGCCGGCUCCGAUGCCCUUGCAGCAUAUGGGCCUAGCCACCAAUGUUCCUCCGCCGGCAGUGGCCAUGGCACAACCCGUUCCUGCCCCGGUAGUAGCCCCCACCGUUGUUCCUACAGCACCUCCGGCUAUUGCGGCCGUUGUGGGGCCCGUUCCUCCGGUUGCUGCCGUCGCUCCACCUAUACCAACCAUCUCAGCUGCACCGCCGCCGCCUCCGGAACCCCACCCGGAUAGUGUUGCUAGCCAAGGUAUGUGGAAUAAUUUGUGUUUUCCCUUAUGGACAAUGAAUGAAAAAAAAAAGUUUUGGAAGUGUUUGACCUGGAACAUGGGAAUAUCGAUAGUCUAAUGUGCAGUAAUUUUGUGUAGAACAACAAACAGUAGAGUACAAUUGAAAUUUGUAUCAAAUCUUGCCUUUAAGUUUUCUGUCAAGGAUCGUUCAAAAGUUAUGUAACGCUAUAAUGUCUGAUGAGAGAUCCAGUCCAGUUUAAUCGAAGUGCGUUUUGUUAACAUUUCUAA